AUGACAUGGCUACGAUUGAAGAAAUGGCUAGCGUUCAUGAAACGAAAACGCAAGCGACAGAAUAAGAAUUUUCCUGUCAUCGAGAGCCAGGUUGUGGUGGCGGACACUAUGUCAGCCCUGGGUAGGCACUGUGAACGCCUACACACACAGUUUGUCAAGGACUGCGGCUACGUACCUGUGGUGCUCACCAAUGCUGCCUUUGUCAUUGAGAAAAAUCUUAAGACUAAAGGAUUGUUUCAGACCCAGGGGAAUGCCUCCAAAGUUAACUCCUGCCUGAAUCAUCUGCUGGCUCCGAGAUUAAGUAAAAUAAAACACGAGAACAUUCAUGACGUCAUUGAGGCCAUCAAGACUUUCCUCGUUCGUCUACCGGAGCCUCUAUUGCCAGAAAGCGUGUGUGAUGCCCUGAUAACCAGGUCGCCGGAUGAGGACUCCACGAGUCAGUACGUGACUGUUCUGACAAAGUUCCGCAACUCGUCACCUCAUAGCUUCGCGAUUCUCCAAUUCAUGAUGCUUCUGCUGAAAAGGAUAUCAGAAUUUUCAGAGUACAACACAAUGGACGUCCGGAAACUUGCUACUGUGUUUGUGUUAGAUAUUAUCAAGCCGUUGAAACUGGAGGACUCCAAUGAGGGUCUGUUUCUCAUAGAACGGAUGCAACGACUGCCUUACCUCAUCAUGGUUGUGGAGAACAUCAUCAAACACGUGCACAUCUUCCAGGCCAUCAACCAGACCACGGAGUCUUUGCCGCCACGAGCAGAUGUUCAUGGGAUAGCACACUCUGCAACUGAGGGACAUGAGGACAGAACAACGGGCAUUACCAGCCAAAAUGAUGCAGGAGAAAUCCAAGUAUGCCAAAUGAAAGACUUCAGAAACGAACUCGGUGAAAAUUCAAAGCUGAGACUAAUAGAUCAGGUGGCCAGAGCUCUAUCUGAACCACAAAGGGAAACUGAAUAUGCUGUGGAUAUCUGCAAACGCUGCGUGACCGCUCUACCCGUUUGCACCAGCGGAGUUGUCUACGAGAACCCUGGCUCCACCUGGGAUCCGCCUAGAGUAGCCAGCAGUCUCAAUCUAGCGGUACAAGAAAGUUCCACUAAUCCGGUAGAAGUUAGUCUAGAGCCACCAGCCGAAGAAAAUAACUGUGCUCCCAGUGUUGAUAUUGUUCACAAAAAGGCUACAUUUACUGGAAAGAAAUAUUGUACGGUUAGAGGCGCAACGUGCUCUCCGAGCCGACGGAAAUCGGCGAAGAAAGAUCAAGAUGACGCAUCCCAGUUUACGUGUGAAAUAAAAUCGCAUAGGUCUAUGGACAUAAAUAACCCGGUGACGCAGAACAAAAGAAAGCGAAAGUGCCGCUCUACGAGCAAAAAAUCUAAACGAGAACUAGAUAGAACCUUAGCCGAGAGCAAUGGUCGAGGGUCUGAUUUCACGACUUUCCAGCCAGAUGAAGAGAUCACCCCUUGGAAUGAAGGAUCAACCAACAGUGACGAUACUAGCGUCAUGGCAAAGACAAUCCGAAACCCACGCGUCCUUGCCCCUAUCGCAUCCACUCCGAUUAAGUUCGAGAACCAAAUCGAGGGUGAUCAUGUACAGAAAGUAAAAGAACGCAUCGUUACAUCUGAAAAAGUAUCUCGGCUGUUUCUGCCCAACUAUUCAUUUCGAACAAUUAGUCGUCAAAACGAUGUUCCCGUUGCAUCUGGUUCAAACCAAACCACCUCAUCGUCUGGCACCUCUUUCGGUGGUAAUAUAUGUCCCACGCCAGACGUCUGUGGCCACUCCUCCAGCAACAAUACACCAAUCAGCAAAGAUCUCAUUAGAGGUGUCAAACUCAAGGGAAGUGUCGGCGUCAACACAAGUCCACGUCUUGAAGAAUUUCACAACCUCGGGACCAAAAUUGAAGAUACUCUUAGAGCAUCUGAAAAGAGCAAAGAAACUCCGAACGUUAAGAUCCCAGUUACGUAUGUACAUGAAACAAAGCCAAUUUCCCGAACAAGUACUGCAACAAGCAACAGAUUCACUCUUCCAACGAUAACGAAAUCUGCAACGCCAGCCUCGCACAUGACUGAAUUUGUAACUCGUUUGAGGGGACACGUCAAUGGCAUGCCUCCAUUGAUCAACUACCCGCAGUAUCCCCAGAUUAGACCUCAAGUUCCCAGCCAAGUAGCUGCUUCUGGGAGAAUCGAACCCUGCAGCUCGCACAUAAAGUACCGUCAGCAGCAGCUCCGGAGGGCCCUGAGGUCCUCCAGCAGCUCCCUAGAACAGAAGCCAAGGAGGAGCUACGCCAACGACUCCUGCGUCCCCGGUCUCUUCGUCAGGGAAUGGUUUGUGGAUACGUUUCUGGCAUUUAUAACUGUGCUGUGCAUAUCUCUUAUCUUUCUAGUGUACGAGCAGGACAAGCCCAGGGGUGGUUGGCUGAGAUAA